CCCAAAAAUAUCCAAUAUAUUCCACGGAACGUGACCAGCAAUGACCUGCACCGUUCCCGGCUGCCAUGCUGCCAAUCAGGAAUUCCUGGUUGAGUUUCCGCGGGAUCCGAAGCUUGCGGAUCGGUGGAGGCAAGCAAUCGAAUUCGGCACCGGUCAACCGAUUCAAUCGGACAUCAUCGGUGUCCAGCAGUUGCAGCUGUGUUUGUCGCACUUUCCUGGAGAUGAUCACCCGGGCAUGAUCAGCUAUCGGGAACCGUCCACCUUUCGAGAUGGGCAAGGCAACGCCGUGGACAUAUCCAGCUGCAGGUUGUGCCUCAAGUUUGCGCUCCGGUCUCGGAUGUUUCCCAAAUCCGGUAAGAUGGAACACGUGUCACUGAGCAGUACGAUUCGGGCGGUGAUGAAGAUUUCGCUGGCGACGGAUGAUUUUUUGACGGAAAUUUGCGAGCGUUGCUUGGUCAAGGUUGAUGUGCUGAAAUGUUGGGCUCGGGAGACAUUACGGCAGGAGAUGGACUUCCGGGAGUUGAUGACCCUGGCACGGCAGGAGUGUGAACCCUUAGAUGGUGAGGUGAAGGUUGAAACGGUUCUGGUGGAGCCGAAGGAAGAGAUUCCGGACGAAGUGCUGCAGGGAACGGUGAACAGGGAAGCCAACCCUCCUGUUGAUCAUAAAGUGGAGCUGAAAGAACAAAAGGCGGAAGCCGAAGUGAUCGGAAACGAUGCUAGGAACGAAUCGAUAAUCGAGAUUGGAUCGUCUUCGGAAGAAGAUGACGUACCUUUGGCGAAACUUCGAAAGAAGUGCAAGCGGAAAACAGUCGGUAAGGGUAAAGAAUCUCACGUGAAGAAGCAGAAAGUCCGGUCCAGGAAGCAGACGUUCCCCAAAGAGAUAACGAAGAUGAAACGCGGUCGUAAGCCGGGUUCUCCGAAACCUGCCAGACAGGAAUAUCUGCGGGAUAUCCUGGCUAGAAAGUGCUACAUUUGUGAUAUAUUCUUGGAUGAUAAUGACGAACAGGUGGCCCACUUGACGGAAGUACAUGCCGGAAAGAUUGACUACAAAUGCGAAGACUGUAAGAAGACCUUCGGCAAAGUUACGAUCUACAAUCGCCAUCUGAGCUGUCACGACAUUACGGUUCGACCGCGAAAAUGUAGCUUCUGCUCGCUCUGCUUCAGCGCCAAAGAAAGUCUUAAAAUUCACGAGAACAAGGUCCACGGUACCAACCACACUCUACCGAAGCGUUACAAGCGAAGGACGAAAAUCUAUCAGUGCGAACUGUGCGGAAAGAUCUUCCUCAACGACGCCCUACUCAAGCAGCACGAUCAGUAUCAACACAAGAAGCUCCCGGCAGCAUCCUGCAAGCUUUGCGGGAAGACUUUUGCUACCAAAUCCAACCUGGAAAAGCAUUACAUUGUCCAUUCGCACGAGCGCCCUUACAAGUGUGACAAAUGUGCCGUUUCCUACAAAACGUCUACCGCUCUUACCAAGCACGCGCUUCUUCACGAAAAUCUUCUCCCGUACGAGUGUCGGUACUGCGAUGAACGCUUCCUCACCCAGGGUCAAUACGCCAAGCACCGUUUCGUGAAUCACAAAAGUCAAAUUUCCAAGCUCUCCCAGCAGCCCAAUGCCAUCACGCGAUCGAUGUCCUGUGCACUUUGCUCGGAAGCGUUCGCCCGUUCAGGCGAUCUCCAGAAGCACAUUAAAGAAUCCCACUCGGAUCAAUCUUACCCCUACCUAACCUGCCCGGAAUGUCCCCAGCAGUUCCUCCAAGAACAGCAGCUAACCAACCACCGGAACAUUCACACCGACCGCUUUGUGUGCAACAUUUGCCACAAGCACCAUUCAUCCGCGGCACAGCUGAAUGACCACAUGGAAUCGCACAAUCCAUCGCAACCGUGGCAGUGCAACAUCUGCUUGAGACGAUUCAGUCUGCAGUCGAACUUUUCACGCCAUAGGCUGAUCCACCAGGACGAAAAACGAUUCAAGUGUGACUUUUGCGAAAAGGGUUUCUCGCAGAAGGGUCAACUGCAGAACCAUAGACGGACGCACACCGGAGAACGACCGUUUACGUGCCCAGUUUGUGGGAAGAGCUUCGGCGAUCAGCCAACGUUCUACAAGCACCGGAAGCGGUGCAUGGAGAAGGACGGCCCUACAGAUGAUCGUCAAACUGGCGGCGAAGAUGAUGAAGCAUGUGAAUUUUAGGGUAAGUCAUUU